AGUCAAAAGUCAGUGUCUGUUCAGCCUUGAGGACAAUUGCUUAAGCAGUAGCUCUAAAUAACACAGUGGGGGGGGGGGGGUGCUUCACAGGUACAGGGUUGAAGAUUGAAGUUGGGUUGAACAGAUUAACCAAGAUGCUGAGUUACUGGGCUAGAAUUUGCAUUGGACUGACAAUGAUGCUUCAAGCAACGAAUGGACAAACUGUCCAUUUGGUAAUCAUUAUUGAAGAUUGAAGACCUCAAUUAUUAUUGAAGAUUGAAGACCUCAAUAUCAGGCUUCUAGAGUGCUACGAUAUCUAUUGAACUCAAUCCCGAAAUGCAACACACGGAUCAGCGUCCACAGGUAUAACACCUGACCCAUCUGGACCACCGGAGGUUACCAGUGGUAGCUCAAUGACUUAUUCUACCAACGUGUCGUCAAAUACAUCAGUUUCUCCAUAUUCAGUGACAACAUCUACAACAUCAUCUCCUCCUUUGACGAUCAGUCCCAACCAAACAAAUGCUUCUACAAAUGGUUCAAAGACAACAGCUGCUCCUUCAUUAGUGACCAACUCUACAACAUCAUUUUCUCGUUUGACUAUCAGUCCCAGCCGAACAAAUGCUUCUACAAAUGGGUCGCUGAACACAACAGCUGCACCGUCAUUAAUGACCAACUCUACAACUACAACUGGUUUGACAAACAUCACGGCAAUAGCAGGGAAUACAUUUAGUUGCGCCAGCGAUCCCCCGUUGUGCUGCUUGGGGUUGGAUAACAGCUGCAGUAGGGUCUGCUUCUGUGACGUGGCUUGUCUUCGGAUUGGCGACUGCUGCAGUGACUUCAACGCCACUUGCAUAACAGGAUUCCCUACAAGUCAGCCUAAUUUGACCAACACAACCUCAACCAACGAAACAACUUUCCCUAUAUUUUCCUUUUCAGGGAGCUGUUCUGCAAACUCUUCCAUGUGUUGCUCAGGCAAUAAUCCAUCUUGUUUCAAUGGUUGCUUCUGUGACGAAUCAUGUGCUUCACAAACGAUCCCUGACUGCUGCCCAGACUACAACGUCACGUGCAUGAAAGCAACAAACGGCACGAACCCAACUCUCACUACGGCCUCUCCAGAAAUCGUCCCCAGAACUCCACCAGGUCCCAGCCAAACAAAUGCUUCUGUAAAUGGGUCGCUGAACACAACAGCUGCACCUUCAUUAGGUUUAACUCCUGACCCAUCUGGACCACCGGAGGUUACCAGUGGUAGCUCAAUGACUGCUUCUACCAACGUGUCGUCAAAUACAUCAGCUGCACCUUCAUUAGUGACAACAUCUACAACAUCAUCUCCUCCUUUGACGAUCAGUCCCAACCAAACAAAUGGUUCUACAAAUGGGUCGAACACAACAGCUGCUCCUUCAUUAGUGACCAACUCUACAACAUCAUUUUCUCGUUUGACUAUCAGUCCCAGCCGAACAAAUGCUUCCACAAAUGGGUCGCUGAACACAACAGCUGCACCGUCAUUAAUGACCAACUCUACAACUACAACUGGUUUGACAAACAUCACGGCAAUAGCAGGGAAUACGUUUAGUUGCGCCAGCGAUCCCCCGUUGUGCUGCUUGGGGUUGGAUAACAGCUGCAGUAGGGUCUGCUUCUGUGACGUGGCUUGUCUUCGGAUUGGCGACUGCUGCAGUGACUUCAACGCCACUUGCAUAACAGGAUUCCCUACAAGUCAGCCUAAUUUGACCAACACAACCUCAACCAACGAAACAACUUUCCCUAUAUUUUCCUUUUCAGGGAGCUGUUCUGCAAACUCUUCCAUGUGUUGCUCAGGCAAUAAUCCAUCUUGUUUCAAUGGUUGCUUCUGUGACGAAUCAUGUGCUUCACAAACGAUCCCUGACUGCUGCCCAGACUACAACGUCACGUGCAUGAAAGCAACAAACGGCACGAACCCAACUCUCACUACGGCCUCUCCAGAAACCGUCCCCAGAACUCCACCAGAUCCUCUGAAGUUGAUCUUUGCCCUGUCCGUUUCUUUUCUGGCUCCAGCCAGUUACAGUAAUUCGACAAUACAGGCGGCUGUUGAACAGGCUAUAAGGGCACUUCUUGAGACCACGGGUAUUGACCUUUCCUACAAGGUCCUCAAGAUUCAAAUCAAAUAAGAACCAAAAAUAAAACUUUACUCAUUCA